CUGCGGUUGUAACUUUGGAGAGCCGCAGCCAUCUACAAUUACUGCUCCUAAACAUAUCGAGCUGGAGGGAGACAGGAACCUGCUGAUAUUUAUAUUCAGGAUCAAGGAGGAGGUAAAUGAAUGAGACAACAUUGCAGGAGGACAUUUGUCAAAUACUCUACAAUUGUUCAAGAAGAAAUCUCACCACUAACUUCUCAAAGAAAAAAUGGAGAACGCAGUGCAACUAACAUCUGGCAAUGUUGCUCCAUCAUAUGGGACUUGUGGUAAUGUGUUCCUGAGGAAGAUAAGAGGGUUGAAGCCCGUCAAUUUCUGGCAAGAAGCGAAAUCUAUUUGCAGAUUGGCCGGGCCAGUGUUUUUGACUCAGCUGCUGAUGAGUCUUAUACAUAUUGUCAGCUCUGCAUUCUGUGGGCAUUUGGGAAAAAUUGAAUUGGACGCAGUCAGUCUUGCUACAGCGUCAGUAACCCUAUUGGGUACCUCCAUGGGUAUUGGACUAUCUACAGUGUGUGACACACUCAUAUCUCAGACGCAUGGCAGUAAGAACCUGAAGCGAAUCGGAGUGAUUCUCCAACGAGGGAUCCUCAUUCUCCUGAUCACCUGCUUUCCCUGCUGGGCUCUCUUCAUAAACAUUGAGCACAUCCUGCUGGCUUUGAAACAGUCUCCUGCAGUAGCCAAGUUAACACAGGUCUAUGUGAAGACCUACAUUCCUGGUCUGCCUGCAGAAAUUCUUUAUGACCUGGAGCUCAGAUACCUUCAGAACCAGGGGAUCAUCAUGCCUCAAGUUUUUGUUGGUUUUAUCACCAACAUUUUCAAUGCUGUCAUCCAUUACCUCUUCCUCUACGUGCUGACACUGGGAGUAGCGGGCUCAGCUGCUGCCAAUGUUGCUUCCCAGUAUUGCCAGCUUCUCCUCCUGUUUGGAUACAUUCGCUGGAAAAAGUUGCAUGUUCACACCUGGGCAGGAUGGUCCACUGACUGUCUGCAGGAGUGGGGUCCCUUUCUGCAGCUGGCAAUUCCCAGCAUGGCCAUGACAUGUAUCGAAUGGUGGACAUAUCAAAUUGGAACAUUCCUCGUAGGGUUAAUUAAUGAGGUACAGCUUGGAGCCCAUGCCAUUGUUUAUCAGACUCUAACAAUAGCAUACAUGGUUCCUCUGGGAUUUGGUGCGGCUGCAGGUGUUGUUGUGGGUAAUGCGCUAGGUGCCGGGAAUCCACAGCGGGCUGUAAACUAUGUGAAAGUUGCAAUGUACUGCAUUGGGGCUUUUUGCUUAGUCAAUGCUGCGAUACUUGGAGCAAUAAAGGAUGUGGUGGGCUAUAUCUUCAUCAGUGACAAAGAAAUUGUUGAAUUAGUAGCAGAAAUAAUUCCAUUUUGUGCUGCUUUCCAUCUGUUUGAUGCCAUGGCUGGUGUAAGUAGUGGAGUGUUAAGAGGAGCUGGGAAGCAAAAACUGGGAGCAAUUGGAAACCUGGUUGGAUAUUACCUGAUUGGGUUUCCCAUUGGAAUCGCUCUGAUGUUUGCUGUAAAACUCGGUGCAUUUGGGUUCUGGUCUGGAAUGUUAAUUUCCGUGCUUGUGCAAUUAACUUUCUUUCAAACGGUGAUUUGCCGAAUGAGCUGGAAAAAAACAUCCAAUCGGGCCCAGCUAAAUGCAGGUAUGACGAGAGAAGUGAUCCCCUCAAACAGCACCUCUACUGGUCAAAUCAAGAAUGCCUUAAUAGAGGCCAACACAGAGAACAGUGCAGUGCUUCUUAUGCCCACUGUUUCGCAAUUAGAACAAAAGAUGGACAAUGACCAGGUGAUGGAUACCUCUUCCACUGCGGACACUGGAGUUACCACAGUCGGAGAAAUUCUGUCCACAAAACAACUGAUCAUUCGCCGCGGCCUCACCUUCCUCUCAGGACUGCUUAUACUAGUAACGGGUUUGGUGAUACACUUCAGUCUUGAAAAGGACCUGUAGACCCCAGCGGGGGUAAAUACAUUUCUCUUUCUCAAGGGCACCUGUUGAGACUUUCUUGAGGGUAAUUUUUUUCAUUUUUGGGGGCUAUGCUUUCAUUUUCACUGACUCAUUUAUCAAGCGAUGCUGUCAAAUACUCUCGCGACCUUGUGCAUUUCUGUUGACAUGUAGGGUAUUUGGAUUUGCACAGGAGUGAUAUGAGAAUAUUUUGUCAACAUACUUGAUAACUAUAAAUGAGUAACCCACAUGGAAAUUAAAGCCAUAACAUACGAGGAAAGCUUUAGUUUUCCAGACACAACAGGAUUUAAAUUGGCACAAAACAACACGCUUAAGAACAAAAGCUUUCGUUCUUCAAAAUAAUGAGCACGCAUUUCUACGCUGGAGAAGCCAUCAUUUUGAAUGCAAGUUCUACUGAUUGGUGCGAUGAGGUAUUUAUUCCCAAUUUACUGCAUCUCAGAUUUAAAUUCGAUCAUGGGCAGUGUUUGUUUCAAUAGGAUCCUUUUUUUUCAUGUCAUAGAGCCUCACAGCAUGGAAACAAACCCUUCGGUUCAGCCAGUCCAUUCCAAACUAAACUUGUCCCUAGGCAGGUGGGACUACCUACCGGUCCCUGCCCCAUAUCCCUGCCAACCUUUCCUAUUCAUUACUUAUCCAAAUAUCUUUCAAACAUUGUAACUGUGCCCACAUCCAUCACUACUUCAGAACAUUCAUUCCACACGUGAACCACUCCCUGUGUAAAACAAAAGCCUCUCAUAUUUUUUCAAAUCUUUCUCCUCUCCCCUUAAAAAUGUGCCCCCAGUCUUAAAAUCCCCUAUCCUAUACCAUUAACUCUAGCAAUAGCAAGAACUGCCGAUGCUGGAGUCUGAGAUAGCCAGGCACGUAGCUGGAGGAACACAGCAGGCCAGGCAACAUCAGAGAAACAGGAAAGUUAACGUUUCUGGUCAGAGGCUCUUCUUCUGCUCCUCUGAUGCUGCCUGGCCUGCUGUGUUCCUCCAACUCCACACUAUGUUCCUCCAGCUCCAAACUGUGUUAUCUCUACCAGUUAUGCUAUCUAUACCCUUCAUUCUUUUAUAAACUUUUAUCACAUCGCCUUUUAGUCUCUUACGUUCCAGUCUUUAUUUAUAACUCAAACAUUCCAAUCCCGGCAACAUCCUGGUAAAUCUCUUCUGAACCCUCUCCAGCUCAAUAAUGGAGAUAAUAGGAACUGCAGAAGCUGGAGAAUCCGAGAUAACAAAGUGUGGGGCUGGAUGAACACAGCAGGCCAAGC